AUGGCUUCGAUACCCUUCAAUGUCACCGCGGCCGCUGAUGCAGCGCAGCCUGACAUGGGUGGCGCCCAGUUCGCUUCCCAUACCUGGAUGGAACCAAUUAUUGUCGUCAGUAUCAUGACUGCUUCGCUUUAUUUUAAUCGGAGACACAACUUCCGCAUAUUUCGCUCUAGCCGGGGCCGCUCACCUACACGCUCUCUACUCCCCCACAAUAAUUCCCAAGGCUCGUCUCCCGAUGGCUUCACCGACUCUGAGUCUCUCACCUCUGAUUCGGAUGUGUUCACCUCGUCCAAGUAUCCACCCAAGAAACGAAACUGCUGUGGUGUUGUCGUCCAGACCCCGAAUUCGUCCAGAUUCGCCGACAACUGGCACUCGAGAGUGUUGGCCAAGUUCCCCUUCCUGAUCGAAAUGUUUUACUGGGUCCUGAACUUGCUCUUCUACACCCUGACCAAGGCUGUCGCUCAAGUUCUGUUUUCCGCAGAUGAUGGUCUGUGGCAGCUGGCCCAAGACCACGCCAUCCUUAUCCUGGACAUCGAGCAUAAAUCCUGGCUGAGCUUUCUCUUUCCCAUCAGGGAGAAUGACUUCCAAGCUUGGUUCUUAGGUGGUCAUUUGACCGCCAUGACAUUUUUAAACCGCAUUUAUUCACUUGUUCAUAUUCCGGGUACCGUUGCGUUUCUCUCGUGGUAUUACUAUGCUGCUCCCACUCACUCGGCUUUCGCCACCGUGCGCCGAACCAUGACUCUGGGCAAUUUUGCCGCUUUCGCAAUCUUCACCUUCUUCCCAUGCAUGCCACCGCGUCUGUUACCCGAGGAAUACGGCUUUCACGAUACGGUCCGUCAAGCGAACGCCGAGUCGGUUUGGGUGGGUGGCAACUAUGUCAACCAACUGGCUGCCAUGCCUUCUUUGCAUUUCACGUACGCCUUCUGUGUUGGGAGUACCUUUCUCUACCACUCGGGCGUGUUCCGGCGCGCCCAGCGGAGUGAACCACGCAAACCCUUCUAUGCCCAGAUCUUCUUUCUUAUCGCCGGCAUCUGCUAUCCUUUGUUGGUCUUGACCGUUAUUGUCGCCACCGCGAAUCACUAUUGGUUGGACGCCGUGGUUGCCAUGUGUACGACUACUCUGAGUUUCUGUUGCAAUAGAGUUUGGGUGUUCUUGUUGCCGGCCGAGGAUAUACUUUGUUGGGUAUUGAGAGUGGAUAAACCCACGCCCACCACGGGGGAUAGACUGAAGAGGAGAAAUAACCAAUAUCAAGCUGUAAAAAACGAGGACGAGCCAUAG